UCAGGCUGGCUGUGAGGGAGGUUCUCCAGGGGAAAGGGAGGAAGACAGAGGUGCGACGUGGAAACAUAAACAAAAGAAGUAACGAGGAAACUUUGAGAGACCUUUUAGCUUUCUGGAGAACCUGACAUAAAUAAAUGAGACGAGAUUCAGCUAAAAGGUGAUAGGACCUGGGAGGAAGCAGCCGUCGCCAUGGACGAGGGGCUGACUAUUACUUUUAUAUCUGUGGCGAUGUUUAUAGGCUCAUUCCUGCUGGGAUUCAUUCCGCUGUUGUUCAGACUCUCUGUGAAAAGCCUGCAGUUUGUGUCCAUUCUGGGAGCAGGCCUACUGUGUGGGACCGCGCUGGCCAUCACUAUACCUGAGGGUGUGGGCUUACUGGAGGAUUCGUGGAGAGAAUCCUCUGAUUCUCCAUUAGCACCAAACGCCAGUGAAGAAAGUGCAUCUUCCAGCGAUGGAAGCUCACCGCCUCGGUUUUAUGUCAGCAUAGCUUUGACCUUUGGGUUCACCUUCAUGUUUGUUGUUGAUCAGAUUGGGGGAUACUUUUCCAAGCAGGAUCGAACAACACAAAUGUCGAACAACGCUCACAUCACAGCCACCAUGGGGCUGGUUAUCCAUGCUGCUGCUGAUGGAUUUGCUCUCGGUGCUGCUGUGGCCACAGGCCAAGUCACUGUACAGGUGAUUGUGUUUUUUGCCGUCAUUCUGCACAAGGCUCCUGCUGCCUUUGGUUUGGUUUCCUUCCUGAUGCAUGCAGGCCUUGAGAAGAAGUACAUUCAGGGACAUUUACUGGCCUUCUCAGCUGCUGCGCCUGUAGUCGCUAUCAGCACUUACUUCAUACUGCACGCUACUGGAAAAUCCUCUGAGGACCAGCUUAUUGCAACAGGAGUUGGGAUGCUGUUCUCAGCAGGGACUUUCCUUUAUGUAGCCACUGUGCACGUCCUCCCUGAGGUCAGCUACAGCAGGAUAGAAGAACCCAUCUCAAACAACCAGGAGCACAAUGACGUUGUGACCCACCAGACCAGACACCUGGGGCUCCUGGAGAGCCUCACUCUCAUCCUUGGUGUGGGGCUCCCUGUUGUGUUGGCCCUUGGACUCCACGAUGACUGAAAGAGAAUGAGAGUUUACUGCACGGUUAAAAAAAAAGAACACUCUCUUAUUGCAGGAAUGAUAUAAACCUGCCAUUGUUUCUGCUUCUUUGGAGCUUUCCAGGUUUUGACAAGAGUUUUCUCUUUCACCUAAGUUUCCAUUACAAGGAAACAAAAGAGGCAUAUUUUUUAUGAGGAGGUACAAGUAAAAUCACACCCAGUGGGUAGAUUUACAGGUAGAACAAGAGAAUAAUUUGAUACUGUCGUGCAAAAAUGUGGAAUCUAGCUUUUGCAGUUUGCACUACAUUUCAUUUUUAUUUAGAGUUUAAAAACAUCAGCUAAACAUAAAGGAAUGCAAACUGAAUGAGACAUUUCCCCUUGUGACUAGCUGAUCCUUUUGUAUUUAUU